AUGUAUGAGGCAAAUUACUCUGAGGUGUCUGAAUUCAUACUCCUGGGACUUUCUACUUGCAAACCAGUGCAGCAUUUCCUCCUUGCCUUCUCUGCAGUGUUUUAUGUAAUAAUCGUUCUGGGAAACAUUCUUGUUGUGUUUACAGUAACAUUUGACCCUCAUUUACAUUCUCCUAUGUACUUCCUUUUAGGAAACCUCUCAUUUAUUGAUUUGUGUUUUUCUACCUUAACAGUUCCUAAUAUGAUUUUUGACCUGUACUCUGGGCACAAUACCAUAUCAUUCCAGGGGUGUGUCAUCCAGAUAUUUGUCCUCCAUGUCCUGGGUGGAUCUGAGAUGGUGCUGCUCAUAGCCAUGGCCUUGGACCGGUAUGUGGCCAUAUGCAAGCCCCUCCACUACCUGACCAUCAUGAGCCCACGAAUGUGCAUUUUGCUUGUGUCUGGUGCUUGGGUUAUUGGUCUCAUUCACUCAGUAGCCCAGUUGGCUUUUGUUGUCCAUUUGCCUUUUUGUGGUCCUAAUGAGAUAGAUAGCUUUUAUUGUGAUCUUCCUUGGUUCAUCAAACUUGCGUGUGCAAAUACCUACAGAAUGGAAUUCAUGGUUACUGCCAACAGUGGGUUCAUAUCCACAGGCACCUUCAUCUUAUUGAUUAUCUCCUAUAUCUUCAUCCUAGUCACUGUAUGGAAACGCUCUUCAGGUGGUUUGUCCAAGGCCCUCUCAACUCUUUCAGCUCACAUUACUGUGGUAGUUUUGUUCUUUGGACCGUGCAUCUUUGUUUAUAUGUGGCCAUUUCCCACAGUACCAGUGGAUAAGUUUCUUGCCAUUUUGGACUUUAUGAUUACACCCAUUUUGAAUCCUGCCAUUUACACUUUGAGGAACAAAGACAUGAAGAUGGCAAUGAGGAGACUAAGUAGUGAACUCCUGAAUCUGAGGAAGAUCUCCUAA